CACUCUUCUUGGAGAGGCUAUUUGGACUUCUACUUUUUGAUGGCGUUCUCUGAAGGUGAUAUUGAGAAAGGGAAGAAGCUCUUCGUUCAAAGAUGUGGACAGUGUCACACCGUUGAGAAAGGUGGUCCACACAAAGUAGGACCCAAUCUACAUGGUUUGUUUGGACGUAAAACUGGUCAAGCUCCUGGGUAUACCUACACUGCUGCCAACAUUAGUAAAGGUAUCAUAUGGAAUGAGCAGACUCUAUUUGAAUAUUUGGAAAAUCCAAAAAAAUAUAUCCCUGGUACAAAAAUGGUGUUUGCUGGUUUAAAGAAGGAAGCUGAUCGCAAUGAUAUUAUUUCCUACCUUAAAGAAGCAACAAAAUAAGAAUAUUCUAAAUAUCUGACUCCUAGAUUUAACUUCGUUGUAGCAGUUCUUUAAUUAACUAAAUAUGUAUAGAAACAUAAAACCUGAGCUUCCAAGUACGUGAAAAUGAAUACUCUUGGCUGUGUAUUUCUGAUCUCUUCUGAGGUCAAUAUACUAUGAUAAUUCAGUUUCUGAGAUUUUUGUAAAAUUAAUACUAGUGCAAACAUAUUAACAUAAUAAUGAAGUGUUUAUCUAAUUUCUUCCGUGUAUUCGGAUACAAUAAGCUUGAAAUGUCCUUAUUGCUAUUAUACUGUUUGCCAAUAGUUUCCAUUUGUUUUCAGUCACUGCUCAAACUAAUUCCCAGUGGAAUAAUAGCUUGGUGAUUGAAUUGAUUGGAGCCAUAUAAUCUCAGGUUCACAUACUACUUUUGUUUAGGUUGUCGGCGGUUAUGUUUCUCAGUUUAAAAUUAAAUAAGUUUUAGUUAUGCUUAUUCGCUUCACAAUAAAUUUCGAGUAAGCAUAUUUCAUCUCGUCGACUAAAAUCAGCAGAAGAAGUGGUCGUCCUGGCAAAACAACUGGUUGCAGCAACAAGUUGGAUAGAAAUCUGGAUUCUGACAUACAUCCUACCGAACUUAGUAUGACGGCAUAUUUAAUUCGUUUGCUUUUGCCAUUAUGAAACAAAUUUAAAUCUGUUGUUUGAAAUAAUAGUUCUAUGUAAAUCAGGUGAAUGGACUUACCUUUAAUUGCAGUUUUAGGUAGCUUUUAUAUUUACACACACUUCACAAUUUGAGUUGUACGUUCUCAUUAUUUACUAUUGGUCACUCUCAUUCAUCUACUUCGAAUAUAAUUGAUAUAAAGAUGAGUUUCUAAAGUAGAAUCUCUGUCGACAUUCAGAUCAGUAUGUACUUCGAAUAGGACUUUCUGGGUCGAAUAGCCACUUGCAAAAUACCAGAUGUUCAUGAUGUGAUUUCAUUAAACCAAUAUGCCUUGUCAUUUUUAACUGCACGACAAAAUAAGACUGUUCUUUUAUUGAUUUUUAUAUAUUCAUAAUCCCAGGUAAUCUUAAAGUAAUUCAUUAGGAUUUUAGAUGGUUUAGUCUGUAGAAGUAAUCAUGAUGGAUAAAAUAGAGUCUAUACAGGUCUAUACGAGUCACAACCAACAAAUGAGUUUGUUAUGUGGGUAUUUUUGAGUCUGUUUUAUGUGUUCUCAGGAAAUAGCCCAUGCGUCGAGGAGUAAUUCUUAAACAGAAGUGUGAAUUAAACUGGAAAAUCCAAAACUAAACGUAUAUACUUUCCUAACAGAGCGAUCAGUUAAAUUACCUACUUAUUAGCUUAUCAAAACAUUCAGCAAAUUUUGGAAUAGUUUCUAGAAUAGACCUACUGUCUUUCUAAACUCACAUAGAUGAUCGAUUGAAGAUGUAAAUAAAUAAAUAUCAAAAAAUCUAGAUUGGAUAAAGAUAUUACGAUGUACUGAAGGACUUGGAUUUCUGAUCUAACCUUCGUCGAUUCUACUGCACAGAAAGAAUUUUAACAACUGGUUUAAUAAAUAAGCACUUUCGUCUAGAUUUUAACGAGUAGCUUCACAGUAUUUGGGCGCCGAGUUAAUGUGAGACAUUGAAGAGAAAAAAUGUAUUUGUAAAAUCUCAGCAAAAUAAUUUGAAGUAAAUCCAACUUUUCGCCUGGCAACCUGGUUCAAGCUUUUUCAAAGAAAAUAUAAUCAAACGUCAAAAUUACCGAAUAUAAAUAGGUACAUGGUUCUCUGGUUUACUAGAGAAAAGCUUGGACCAGAUUGCCAAGCAAAACGCUGGAUUUGCUUCAAAUUCUUUCGCUGAGAUUUUACAAACAUAUUCUUCCUCUUUAACUGAUUUGAUAUCUUGAAAAAUAACGUAAAUGUCAUCAAGCCUUAAAGACAUUUCGAGUGCUUGCUGCUAUGGAGCCCUACUAGGGAAAAUUACUCUUUUAAAACUUAGUGGCUUUUGUUGUACCUCUAGCAAAUAUCACUUGGUGGAAAAAUUGCACAACUAAAUAGGAAUAUCUAAUUAUGUGUGUAGUUUCAAAAUAAUCAACCUAGACAUUUAAACUAGCUUAAAUCGAUUACACCAAUUUAUCUGUAUUUAACCGUACGACUAAAUAAGUUAAACCUCAUACAAUCCGUGAAUGAUGCGGAUCAAAUAUUGGGAUGAAAAGGUUUCAAAAGGAUUGCGAUGAUCAAAUAAUCUGAGACGUUAUUUCAUCUGUUACUUAACAUAAGUCAUGUUAGUAGAGAACAAAUUACGGUUGUAACCUUUUGUAAAUAUUGGUUUCCUCCUACUAUUGGGAUUUUAUAUAGUCUCAAUCUAGAAAGGGGCUAUCGAAUGGUAGUUAAGUGAUGUCGAAUAUGUAUUCGAACAGCUAUAUUUUUGCGUUUCUAUUGUGUAACGUCUCUUAUGGAGCUAUGAACAGCUUACCAUUGGUAUUUUGACAACUGGCUAAAGAGUCAGAGCCACUUUAAAAUAACAAUCUGUAAUGAAGUAUACUCUGAUCACUAUUAUCUAUAGGGUUCAGGAAAGUUCACUUUUUGGUGAGCAAACAACUCUGAGAGGUUCACAGGACUUCCCAUAAAGGUAGUCGAAAAGUUCUUGGACUUUCAUUUCAAAACGUUUUUCAUCGAAUGAAUUUUGUUCUCUUGAUGUUACACUCGUGAAACCUAGGUCGGUUUAUUAGUUUCUGAAUGUAUAAUAACAUAAUAUCCGAAUUUACAUUUCCAUAACGAGGUAAGAAAUUGAUGAGAAUUCCAAGUAAACCGUGUGUUCCCACUAGUCUCAACUAUUGUACACUGGUCAGAAAUUCUUCAUACUCUUUGUAAAGCAGAUAGAAUAUGGCUACCGGUAUGUUUCGUCCCGCUUGGGGUUCGUCGGCUGAAUGUAUCUGCAUUCGUGUGCUGAUCUUCAUAUCGGGACAUAAAAUCAGUACCUUUCUCUUCACAACUUGCGAAAUAAUGGUUAUAUCAAGUUAAUCGGCACUGGGCGCACAUAUGUCAACUAAAACUGAACAGAAUCCAGUCGAAAAUAUCAACAACCAAAUAGUUUAACCCUUUACGAAUGAAAUUGACUGUUUUGUGUUACUUUUCCUAUAACUAUACGCCACAUGCUUUGAAUAUCUGCAGCCAGAUUAGUGACUUGAUUCUCCCCAUAACACGUUUAACAAACACUGUUUGGAUGUGAGGUUGAUUGAUUAAGAUUUCGAUUUGAAAAAAAUUGGUUAUCCUAAAGCAACAAAAUGUUGGUUGCAUCAGUUGUGAUUCUGUCAGUAGGAGAUAUUUAUUUGCACUCGUUGAUAUUACUUAGUUUUAAUGUCUUAGAUGCUAGUACAAAUUAGUUUUUCGCUAUACAUAUCAAAGUACAUUCGAUUGCCACCUCGAUUUUGAAAAUGUCAAAGAGAUCCCAGCAAAAAAGAUAUUUUUUGGAGUUACUUCCCAGUAUGAUAGAUUCUUCUAGAUAAUAAAUCAUGUGCACACUAGUGAAUCAACUACUUGAGAAAAUUACCAGAGAACACCUAUCUUAAAACAGUUAUCAUACCACAGAAUAUUCCAAAUACUAAUAAAUAUAUGUUACUGAUGUAUUAUAUGUCAUUUUGAAAAUUUUGUCAGAUAUACUCAAGGUAAACCGUAAAGUGUAUCAAACAUAUGAAAGUGGUCAUAUUAGAAUCAAUUAAAGUAAUAAUAAACGACAAAUAGAACCAUACGAUGGUGAGUCGCGCGAAGUAUUAAUUUAGUGGUCAAAGAUUCAGACUCUGCUCAACUUACUUGGAUCUUGAGAAUCAGAAAGAUUCACUGACCUUAACAAAUAAAAGGUAUGAUCCAACUUCCGAACAAAUUACCCUGUACUUCACAAAAGAAUAACGUUGUAUCAUUAUAGUUUUACAUGUUCGGAAGCAAUCAUCCGAAUACAUUUAUAGGUAUUUGAUAAAUAUUUAAUGUUAGUAAACUAGUUCUGAAUGAAUAUUUUUGGUUUCUGGACAACUAACUAGUAAAAUCUGUCCUUGUGAUGCUGUAUUAAGUGAAUGUUCAUUCCAGGUAAGCAAGGACUUGUUGAUAGGUUGGGGCGAACAACACUGGAACAAAGCAGAUCGACCCACAUUCACUGUACUAAAUAAAUCUUAUUUAUUUAUUUAAACUCAUAAAUACGGGUACGAAGUAGCGCCGAAAAAUUUCUGAGACACACUAGAACAAUGAGACUAUAAAGAGAUAGAAGGCAUGAUGAAGAAAAAAAUAAGUGAAUGGUUGUAAAAAAAUAAUGGAGGAAGCAGUUCAGUUAAGAGAAGUUCCUCUCACUUAUACGAAGUUACAUGAAGGUUACAACAGGACCACCAAUAGCUUUUAUCUUGAAACUUUUCUGAAAACAUCUCAAGCCACUGUGCUACACUAGAACCUCACCCAGGGAGUCAUGAAUGUCUGACAUAUGCCAGUUAUGUACAAUUGUCUUUCAUACCACGGCACUGUCAUAAACUGACCACCGUUUUUUCGAACCAGUCUCAGCAUCAGAAAAUAAUGUUUUGAUAUAUAUGCAUGCAUAUCCUCUAAACCAUCGAAAUAUGUUGUGAAGAUCAUAAACAAUCAACAAUUCGGGGAAAAAAAACAAGUUUUUAUCGAGAAGCUCAUUAAACCAAUAGAAAAUAGAUGAAUACUCCUCACAAUUAACAUGAAUUUACAUUUUGGUGUACUUGUGUAAGAAAGUAUAUAGGUAGGACUGAGAAAAGAAGUCCUGAAAAUAGUCCUAGGAACCAAAUCUCACAAUAAAACAAAGUCCUCACAAAUGUAAUAUACAGGUCCUUAGUGUACAGUCGACACAAUAUGGUUAUUUCAUAGAUAAUUAAAAACAAACAAUGAGUACUAGAUUUAUCGCACUCCAAAGAAUCUUCAAUCAAGAGUAUACUAUAAUUUAUCUAUAUGAAUGAAAGAAUGUUAAGCUGAUAUUGUAAAAGAUGCUAAAAUAAGCUAACUAUAACGUAAUCUUUUGUUUUUACCGACCCAGAAACUUUCAUUCACUCGAUAAAAUUUAUAGCACUUUUGGCAAGUUUAUAAUUUAUGGACGAAUCAAUCAGGUUUCGGAUUUCGGUGCGGAAUUCACCCAUUCAUUUGGCUAAAUAGGGUUUUGGCAUUAUAGCUAAUGUUAGUUCGUGAUGAAAACUCUAAAUCUAACGAUCGAUUAUAAAUCAUAAUUCUAAUUCCUCACGCUUCUUUAUAACCCUCAUUUGGUCCUAGUUAUUAGGUGAAUAUUCUCAACAUCACUUUAGCGUUGCUCAAAGGUCGUCCAUAAAUUAUAGUCUCACUGCACUAUCGAUUAAAUAUGGAAUCAUAUAUAAAUAUUACGAGUUAUGGUAAUCAUCUUACUUGCUACAAGUGGUUAACUUUUCUAAAUCAAACUUUGCAUCAAUCUUAACCACAGUGUAUUGUAUUGUUUUUCACUUGAAUUACCAUUUAACUGUCUUAUUUUUGAACUCUUCUCUCAACUUUACGUUUAACCAUAUUACUGAAACAUUUUAUGGUUGCCAAGAUCCCCUAAAAUGGAUAACAAAUUCAUUUCAUUCUAUUAAUCUUGUUAUCUUAGCUCUGAGUUCAAAAUGAUCAAAAGAAUAAAAUGACAUAUGUAUUUUAUUUUACCGGUUAUUUCCAUUAGGAUACUAUUAAAUGAAAUAGAAUGGUGAUUUAAUACUGAAAUUAAUCAAUCACAUAUUCCAACUAAAUUCUACUUAGUUAAGUUUAAGCGCCGAAUCAAUGUAUCCUCAGUGGUUAUACACAAGUAAUAUACCUUAAAUAGUGAAUAUGUAGUGACCUACUUUUAUUAAGAGAACGCGAUUGGUUUAAUCGAAACAAUUAUUAUUAUAACCAAUUGUACCAGGGAUUGUUUUACCGUACUUGUUUGUUUAACUGCACCAAAACACACACAUUCUUCCAUUGAUUGUGAUCUUGCACGAAUUCGGUUACGCUCAGUAACCACACUUGUAACCUGGCACGAUCUUGAUAUUCUUUCUAUACCACGAGAUCGCCAACAAAUACAUCUCGACUACAGCCAUCAACUGCCUUCUAAUAUUUGGCUUACGGGGGAUCUUAUCGGUUAACUGGCACGUAGUUUUCCUGUAGUGAUGAUCAUAGUCAACCGAGACUCGACGCCACACUACAAAUGCAUGAAUUUGUCAUUAAAUAAUGGAAAAUAUUUCUCCUUCAUUAGUAAAAAGUGUACGUUUUUUUGUUUACAUCAUUUUCUAUAUAACACUUUCUUCAGUUCUAUCAUGAUACAAAUUUCGGACAUUUAUUGAUUAGCACUAAUAAUUGUAAAUUGUUGGCCAGUUUAUACGAGAUAGAGAGAGAGAGUAAGAAAGGUCAACAUAAAACAAGUUUUGAAAAGGUUGAUGUAUUUUACAUAUAUAUGCAAUUUUCACAGAUUGAAAUCAUGAGUCAGUUGAAGCUAGACCACCAUUGAAAACCUGGAAGCACUGGAUGGCCGUUUCGUUCUAGUAUGGGACUCCUCAGCAGUGCGCAUCCACGAUUCCGCACCCCGCGGGAUUCGAACCCAGAACCUACUGGCUUCGUGCGCGAGCACUUAACCAUUUAUCAGUUAAUAUGUCACUUCUGAUAUAUACAGUAAUUAUAUACUAAAUCUAUUCAAUCUUAUGCUUAGUCAUGAAUUAUUCAAAAUUAAUCGGGAAUACAGUAAUGCCUAAUGAGAUAAUGAAAUUGUUAGCGGGACAUAGACUAGAUUAAAUCAUGCUAAAUGCACGAUUGUUUUGGUGCACUCUGAUUGGCUAAUUCUUGUCGAAUCAGCGUUAGUCAAUACUUAGUGAACACUCUAGAAAUCUUCUCAUGUGAAAAACUAUAAAUAUACUAAUGUUUUCCCUAUUGUACUUACUUACUUCUUACUUCCAUCUAAUCUUGUUAUUUGAAAUAUAAUCUCUUUCCUGUUCAACUGUGUUCUGAUUUGGGGACUUGUCGAGUGAUUUGGUGUCCAAGAAUACUAAGCAAUAGGAAUCGCUGGGCUAUAACCGUAAGAGAGAAUUAUAACAAAAAUAAAAUGUACACAUAUGUGAUUCAUACAUAAACCAGUCUGUUGGGGUGAUCCAGAAAACUUCUCGUAAAAGAGAAAAAAGGAUUAGAAAAAACAUUGUGAAGCAUUUCAUCCAAUCAGCGUUCAGUAGAAGUUUAGCCAGAAACAUCAAGAAAGUGAAAAGUCACAUGCAGAGUUUCUGAUUAGUUGAUUACUCAUACUGCUACUAUAUUUAGUAGCAUUCUAGAAUUCUCGGGAAACCCGAAGACAUCUAAAAUACUAUAAAAACCCCUAUAUUUU